CUUUCCCCUCCUCUCCGGGCCUGCGUGCGCGCGUCGUCCUCCUGCACGCGCCGCCGCUAGCCAAGCACUCUCGCCAGAGCCUCCGGCCCGCGCGUUCCUUUCCCUCUCCGUCUGCGGAGCGGGCGGGAUCCUACGCCUCGGUAUUGGUAGCAGCCGCAGCCGGGCGGGCUCGGGCGGCCUCAGCGGCACGCGAGCCCUUAGGCGGGCCGUACCAUCGUUCGCCAGCACACAGGGGAAGCCAGCCGCCCCACCUCACACGCCUUGGCGACCCCACGGGGCUGAGGCGUCGCCGCGCCCGGGAGCGUGAGCGCCGAGCCGGCCUCGACCCCGAGAUCGGAGCCCCGCGGGCCGCGCCCGCCACCGGCCCCACCCAUCCGGGCCGAGGAGGCAGCGGCCAUGGCUGAGACAGAGGAACGGAGCUUGGACAACUUCUUCGCCAAGAGGGACAAGAAGAAGAAGAAAGAGCGGAGCAACCGGGCGGCAAGCGCCGCGGGCGUCGCCGGCGGGAGCAGCGGCGCGGCGGGAGCCGCCAGCGGGAGCAGCGGAGCCGCGAGCGCGGCGGGCGGUGGGGCAGGCGCGGGGGCCCGGCCGGGCGACGGCGGGACCACCGCGGCCGCGGGCCCCGGGCCCGCAACCAAGGCUUUGACAAAGGAGGAAGAUGAGUGGAAAGAUUUUGAGCAAAAAGAGGUUGAUUACAGUGGCCUAAGAGUUCAAGCAAUGCAAAUAAGUGAAAAGGAAGAAGAUGAAAAUGAAAAGAGAGAAGAUCCAGGUGAUAACUGGGAAGAAGGUGGAGGUGGUGGUGGUGGUGUAGGUGUAGAAAAGUCUUCGGGUCCCUGGAAUAAAACAGCUCCAGUACAAGCACCUCCUGCUCCAGUAGUUGUUUCAGAAACCCCAGAACCCACAAUGACUAGUGGCGUGUAUAGGCCUCCUGGGGCCAGGUUGACCACAACAAGGAAAACACCACAAGGACCACCAGAAAUCUACAGUGAUACACAGUUUCCAUCCCUGCAGUCCACUGCCAAGCAUGUAGAAAGCCGGAAGGAUAAAGAAAUGGAGAAGAGCUUUGAAGUAGUAAGACACAAAACUAGAGGUAGGGAUGAGGUUUCAAAAAACCAGGCCCUUAAACUUCAGCUAGACAACCAGUAUGCUGUGCUUGAGAAUCAGAAAAGCAGCCACACACAGUACAAUUAAGGAACGGUCUUUGGUAACCCUUCUAAGGUAACUAGACCACAACUAACCAUCACGGACAGCCAUCCAUCAUCUGAUCUCUGCUGGAUCUACAACUGAUGCAGACCACUUGGUAUACACGUGAUCAGCCUUAUUGCACUAUGGAAGUUUUAAAGUGUCACAGCUGCUCUUUGUGUAUUGGAUUUAGGGGGAUUUUCAAUGUUAUAUAAAAUGCAUGAACUAGAUUCAGCAGUCAGUGUUCUUUCCUGAUUACUCUUCACAUACACAAAAGUCAAAAACUGCAGCCAGUGGUCAUUUCAAAAUCUUUUUAUGUUCAGAUACUGAGCCUUCGUAAGGGUUGACUACCUCAGAUUUGCUGCACUCAUUGUGGACUUCAUGUGGAUCACAACUUCUGGAUAAGAAGGUUACAGCUAUUAAGUGUCGGAUGUGAAACUUGAAACCAGCUCUACUGGAUUCCUAUCAAAUCCUGCAGAAAGUCAGCCAUCUGGGUUCUGAUCUGCUGUAAAAGAUGAAGAUUUAAGUGACCUUAAUUAACCUGUCCUGUGCCCCUUCCAUAAGGAAUACUCUGUAGUGGGCUGUGGCUGUAUUAGACUUCCUGGAACAUGCCGCUCUCAAAAGAACUGAUGUAUUCAGAUAAUCUAUAUAGGGCUGUGGUUUAUAAUUUAAACUUUGAGUUGUAUUCUGAGGUAACCACAAAUUAAAUUCAACCAAACUUGGGUCCACCAAGUGGGAAAAGGGGUAAGGGAGGUAAUAAUCUUGUUUCUUUUAGUAAUUUUUUAUUUGGAUAGUGCUUUUUUUCUGUGUUCCAUAUUAAGGCCAUUUUUUUGUUUUUUCUUUUCUUUUUUUUUUUUUUUGCUUUGACUUGGAAUAAGUUUUUUUGGCAGAGCAUAUUGCUUGGUUAAGUAACCUAAAAUAUGCGUUAGAAUUGUGAGAUGUCUCAUGAAUUUGCCAAUCCCUAGAGUGGAACCAAAUAGCCUUUGAUGUAAAGGGCAGUGGCUGCAGGGGGCUCUACUUCAGGUGCUGCUAAAGCCUCCUCUAAUCAGGUCUAAACUGUGUAGUAAACUGCAGUGGAAAGAGGAUGGUUUCUGCUCAGGCCAAGGGAUUCACUGAUCUGUCCUUACAAAUUCAGAACAGUGUGAGCAGAACCUCAACCCAAAACCCAUUUUAACAUUUCAUGGAUCUCACAUGAUCUUUGACAAGGAUUCCAGAUAUACUUGUGCCCAAAGGUAUUGAACAGUGAUUGUCCCAAUGUAGUUCUGUUAUCAACCUUCUUGUGUCUUUAUAUUGUUUAUUUGGAGAGUCAGGGGCGAAAGACAGGUGACGUAGCACUUCUGUUUUUAAUAAUUACAGCUUAAACUAUCCAGUAAUUUUUAGUCCUAAAAAGGGACAUCAGGAAGUUACCCGGGAUUACUGACAAAAGUCUUUCCAUUUGAUGAGAUAGUCUGGUAAUUUCCUAGUUUUGUAUCUUUGGUUGAGUAGAAAUAUUUCAAAGUGGCAUGUGACCACUUGAUGCAGAGUCUGGGUUUCUCUAUAAUAAAUCCCUUUGCCAAAUGCAGGAGUUGCAGACUUGCUACUGGCAAGAGUGAAGCAAAUGGGUGAGUAAAACUAUCCUGAUGUGGGAACAUUUUUUCUCUAGGAGUUAUCUUGAUAAAGGUGACAAUGCAGGAAUCGCACUUCUAGGAGGGUUACAGUUUCACCUGACAGGACCUGCCAGCCAUAUCUGGGCAAUAAUGUUGGCAUUAUUUGAGGUGGUAGGCAGGAUGCCUAUAUUCUAAUAGAUUUGGUUGAGUAGUUGAGCCAGCUAAGGAGAGGUUGGAUGAUUGAAAAACAAAGGAUUCUUGGUUAAUCUGAAGAUUUCGUUUGGGAACCAAUAGUCUUUUAACAGAAAAUCUCCUGGAUCUUGAGCUACAUGUUUUCCCUGAAAAGUAUGCAUUUUUUCCAGCAAGAUUUUGCUGGGGUUAUGUUUUUGAAGAAUGAACUGAGAUGAAUAUGUGGAACUGUUAUUAAUGGCAUACUGUCCUAGAAACCUGGAGACCUGCAGGAGAUUGAAAAAUUCCAGCCCUUGUUAUAAAUUUUUAAAAGAUUGUGAAAUUAUCAAAAUGCACAUGAAUCAAGUUUUAAUAUGCUGUAUGAUGGGUGGAUGAGGCUGUCCAUUAUACCAUUUCUUUCUUUGAAUUCUCAGGCAUGGUUUGGCAGUGCAAGAACUCUGUAACAUUAACAAAUUCAAUAAAAAGUAAAUAUAUGGA